GAGGCUCUUCAUUCAUAUAAAUAGACAUCAAACGAUGGACUGUACACAACCCUCUCUGUGUUUACUCAACCCUCUCCCUGUUUACUCAUUCCACCCCCCCACACUUGUUCUUCUUCACAUAAAUAGCCCAUCCAGGAGGACUCUUUCUCACUUCGAUUCUGCAGAAACUACACACAGUUUUGAAACCUUUCCCCAUUUGGAGAUCUCCAUAUCUCUUCAUUCAUUCAGAUAACGAACAUCUCGACCAAUUUGUCCCCCACUCUUUCCAACUCGGACAAAUGGCAGACCGAGUCCACCCGCACAACUCGCCCCUACCAGGAGCCGACGAAACCUCCUCCGAGACCUCUGAGACGACGCUCAAACCCUCCACGCCGGACUCCGAUAAGCCGGUCCCUCCGCCCGGGACCUACGUCAUCCACAUUCCCAAGGACCAAGUCUACCGCGUCCCCCCACCGGAGAACGCUCGCCGCUUCCAGAGCCUUACUCGCCGCAAAAUCAACCGCCGCCCCUGCUGCCUCUGCCUCUGCUGGCUCCUCGGCCUCCUCGUCGUUUUCCUCAUCCUCGUCGGCAUUGCCGCCGGCAUAUUCUACCUCGUCUUCAAGCCCGAAUCGCCCAACUACUCCAUCGACGCCAUCACCGUAAGCGGCCUCAAUCUCACGGCGGCGGCGGCGACAACCACGUCGGUCCUGACGGUCUCGCCGGAGUUCGACGUCACCGUCAGAGCCGACAAUCCCAACGACAAGAUCGGGAUCUACUACCGGAAAGACAGCUCCGUCGAGGUCUACUACUCGGACGUUCGGCUGUGUAACGGCGUAUUGCCGGUGUUUUACCAGCCGUCGAACAACGUGACGGUGUUUCGGACGGCGUUAAAGGGUUCAGGGAUCGAGUUGACGGGCACGAUGAAAAACUCGUUGGUGCAGGCGCAGAAGCAGGGGGAGGUACCGUUGGAGUUGAAAAUAAGAGUGCCGGUGAAGAUCAAGGUGGGGUCCGUUAAGACGUGGACGAUAACCGUUAAGGUGGACUGUGACAUAACGGUAGAUAAGUUAACGGCGGACGCCAAGAUUAUUUCAAAGGAUUGUGACUACGGUGUGAAGCUUUGGUAGAAGAAGACGUGUCUGAGAGUAUGUUAUGUCGUUUUUGGUGCUAGGAUUUAGGAUACAUGGGGGGGGACCCACAUCCACAUGGGUCACUUUUUUUCUUUGUUUCUUUUUUAUAAUCUUUUUCUUGUAUUUGUGAUUACUUCGUACCUUUUUUAUAGUUAAUACAAAUUACACAUGGAUUAAACAUUAAUAUACA